AGAAAUAUACAUAUAUUUAAGUUAUGUUAAUUACACAAUUGUCAAACCCUGUAGGAUGACCUGUUAAAGCCUCCGUAGAAAUCGGUCAAAACCUGCGAGCAUGCGUAGUUAACAGUUAUAAUUCCGCCAUUUUGCUAUUGAAUCGUGUACGAGGCGUGAUAAAUUCUUCUUAAAAAUCCCACAACUCAGCGGUCUUAUGCGUAGCCGAAAGUGGAUAAUGUGAACAUCUCAUACGUAACAGUUCAGAGAAUUUAUUUAUUGUUGUAUCAUUGGGGAACACAACGGUUUUAAACUGUAAUGGCGUUAGAAACCCCGUCUGAUGAUACACCCCCAAUGAACAGUCAUCAACAAAAUGAUGAUCCUUCUUGUGGUUCGGGAAAGGAAGAAAGAGAAAGAGAUAAGAUAGAAGAUGUAAAUAUGGAAGAUGGCGAGAUCCUUGAGGAUGGUGAGAUCGUUGAUUCCGGAGAUGACGAAAUGCCCUCCGAUGCCCAUCACAUGUUCCGCGGAAGUCAGAAUCCGUGGGCCGGCAUGAUAGAACAGAUGAAUAAUGAACCAGUAGAGGAAGUGUCACGGAAAAAGAAGAAAAAAAAGAAACGGAAGAGGAAAAAGAAGGAGAAAUCGGAUAGUGAAGAAGAGAAAGGAGAUACAUCUUUUCAUUUGAGUAGCCCAGAAAAGGCAUUUCUAGAGCACAGUUCACCUCAAGCUGGUGGUGGGCAGGCUGAAAAGAAGCCCCGGCGACAUCGAAAACACAGAGCCAAGAGAGUACAAAAUUGGCUGUAUGCAGAUUCAGAUCACAGCCAGCAAUCAGAACAAGAAUACAUGUCAGAGGAUGAUGAACAUGGGUACCGAGAGAUGCACUACAAACAUGAGCAUGGCUAUGAGCAAGAUGACAUUGAUAUGGAUGGUAUUAUGCAAAGCAGUCCACCUCAUGCAUCUUUUGGGAGAGGGAGAGGAAUGGAAUUCUGGGGAGGACGUGGAAGGGGAAGAGAUAUGGGACGUGGGCGGGGAGGAAUAGACAGAGGAAAAGGUGCUGACAGAGGGCGUGGUUCGGAUAAAGGACGUGGCUCAGAUAGGGGGCGUGGAUCAGAUAGGGGACGUGGAUCAGAUAGAGGACGAGGAGGUGGGGAUCGAGGCAGAGGAGGUGGUGACAGAGGCAGGGGAAGUCAAAGGGGUAAAGGUCAGGGAGUACCUCGGUCUCAGCAAUCAAAGCCACCGCCAGAAAUUACCAAGAACCUCAUUUGCAAGUUUUAUUUGGAUGAUGCUUGUUUAAAGGGAGCAAAUUGUACGUAUAGUCACGACUUGAACCCACCAAAGAAGCCAGAAAUCUGUAAGUUUUAUCUUCAAGAUAGCUGUGCCAGAGGCGAAACAUGUCUGUUCUACCAUGGUCAAUAUCCAUGCAAAUUUUUUCACAUGGGCCAACCAUGCUUUCAAGGAGACAACUGCAAGUUCUCUCAUGGAACACUUACUGAUAAAACUAGACCGUUGUUGGACAAAGUUUUGAACAGUAACAAAGAUUUUCCUCCACCAACAACUAAGCCUGGACUUCUCGGUGACUCACCCUAUGACAAUGUGAAUCCAGUUAUACCAUCAUUAUUUGAUAUAAAGGUUGCACCAACUGAGGAUUUCCUAAAAAGAAAACCGGUUGAAUUCUAUGGUGCAGAAGAGGCUCAAGAAUCUAUUGAACAACAUGAACAUUUUCAAAAACAAGAAGUUUCUACAACACCGAAGCAGGAAACGCAAGUUGAGCAGGCAGCACCAGAGUCAAGGAAGCAGCAACAGUAUGAGGGGAGCCAUAAGCAAGCAAAUGUAAAUAACCAAAUGAAUAAUCAACUCCAACAAUCAAGAGAUCAAGGUGUACAUCAACAGUCAAAUAAUCAACAGGUAGAAGACACUGCUUCGAACCCCAUUCCACAAACUCGAGUAGACAAUCCUAGCAACGAAAUAGAAGUUAAGAAGCCCCACUCGACGGCUGCAGUGCCUCCAAUGCCCGCUAAACAACGGGAACUGUUCUUAAGAAUUCAGCAGAAACAGCAAAGUGAUUCUGCCACUGAGGACGAAACACCUAAGGCACAGAAAACUGAUGAUGCUGAUAACUGGUAUUCAAGUGAUGAGGAAGAUGAAUCGAAGAAAAACUUGUCUAUGAUUCUGAAGACGAUUCGUACAAACACUUCAUCAUCAACCUCUGCAGCCCCAACCGGUCCUUCUGAUAGGUCAUUACUGAAGCCAACUGGUCAGCUUCCAAAUGCAAUUGUAAGUUUACUGGAGAUGACAGGUCUUGUACCAUCGUCAGCAUCAUCUUCUAAUCCAGUUAUAUCGGAGACAAAUGCUUUGCCAAAGAACAGUUUAACUGUGGACAUUAAUGCAGCUAAUAACAUGCCAAGUGGGCCGUCAUCUCCGUGUGACUUUAGACUUGUGGAUAUAACACACAGUCAGGAUGUGAAAGAUCCGAGGAUUGGUCGUGACCGAAAGAAUAUCCGUAACCUUACAUUUAAGGUCUGUAAGUGGAUGGCGUCAGAGCAUACUGUGAGUGAACCACCUACACCUAUAGAAUUGACAACACCUACUGAACUUAAAAAUAGGGUCAGUUUUCCACAAGCACCUCAGCCUGUUGUUAAACCCUCAGAUCCACGGUUACAAAAGGUUAAAGAUGUAGGUAAUGCAGCCCAGGUUCAAGGCACAAAUCUUAACCCUCAGAUUUCCCAAAUGAAGAAUCCACCUCAAGAUCCACGAAUUAGACCCUCCAUGCCUGCAGCUUUGUUGAGACCACCUGCAGAUUUUGGCAUUGGGAGUCCACCUCCAGCUUCGCAAAUAAGGCCCCAGAGAUUUGGUGGCCCUGGAGACCCACUUGGAGGCCCACCAAAUAAAAAUGAAGGCAUGUGGUUAGCUUCUGGUCAAGAUCCUACAGCUGGACGACCUCCACCUGCAUUUAGAGAUCCCCGACUAAAACCAGAUGCUGGAAAUAGUCCUCCAUCAACAUUUAGCCCCCCAAGACAACCAUAUUUUCCAUUGUUACGACCACAAAAUAGGAUGCCAACUAACAUGGGCCCGCCGCCUCGAGGCAUUGCUCCACGAGGUCUUCCCCAAAGAAUGCCUUUUCCUGGACCAGCACCAAGACCACGGUUUCAGUCCGGUGCAGCUGUGAGACAUGAGAUGGGCCCUGGCAGUUGGCGGGCAGCUGGUCCUGUAAAUACAGGACAAACCAAUACUCAAGGAAAUGAUCUUCCUAAAUCAGCUUUGAAUGAUCCUCGUCUGUCCAGACGAAGCAACCCAUCUAUCCUUGAUCAAAGAGUGCAUACAACAGGACCACAAGAUCCAAGAAUAGCAGAGCCUCGAGGACCAGUUGCACAAUCAGACCCACGUGUUCAUUCAUUACCUCCCUCUGAUCCCAGACAGAGGGCAUUUGAUCCCAGAUUACCUCGUCAGAAUAUGAAAGCUCAAGUGAAUACUGAUCUCUCUGAUCCACGAAAGAGACCUAUGAAAGACGAUACCAGUGAAACUGGUGGUGGAUUUUCAAUUCCUAAAAUUGCAAGAAUGGAAGCUAGCAGCGAUGCAGACAGCUCUUCAAGUUGCAGCCUAAUGGAACACAGACCUGUACCAAAUGCUCAUCAUAAUAUGCCCCAAAUACUUGGUUCUUUUACUUCAAGCCACCAGACAAGAAUGAGUCAAGUAUCAACGCCCAGCAGUCAGUCAGACUCUGGUACAUGGCUGGGUCCGAAUGUUACACAUCCGGAACAAGGAAUACCUGCUCUGUCAGUUCCACAACCACCUGCACCAUUGAAAGAUGUUUUCAAAACAAAGGACCCAACAGCAUCACCAUUUUGCUAGAGGCUUAUAAGACAGUAACUCUGCUGGUAUUUCGUGGUCACUACAAGUCUUGGAACAAUUUAAGGCAUGUGAACAUUAGUUAAAUAAUGGUACAAAUUUUAGUAAAUUCAGAAAAUUUAUCAUGUAACACCUACAGUAUGUUAAUUGUUAUAUAUCUGACUGAGUUGUUCAGAUAAGUAAGUAAUGAUGUUUUUUAUUGCAAAAGAAAGUAUUUCUUGUUCAUGCUCAUGAAGAAUUUGUAAAUAGCAGUUGAUCAAGUCAAAGAUCAAUGUUAAUUACUCAAAGCCUUGAUAAACUAAUCUUGUUAGCGUUUCUGUUUAAGCAUAAUUUGACAAUUUUUUUGUGAAAUCAUUGCACUAUAAAAUUUGGCCCUUAAAAAUAAUGUUUUUGGGGUCACAAUAACAUAUUCUUAAUGGUGAUAGCCACAAUAACAUAACAGUAAUUCACCAACACUACAGACAGUGCAAUGGUAAGAAGUUGUUAAGAAAUUCACCAACUGGUGAUCAGCAGAAAAGUAAAGGUAGUAUGAAAAUAAUACUAUAGCUAUAGAAAUAUAAUCUUAAAUUUCAGCUUUGAUGAACUUGCCUGGUUUAUUACUGUUUUGCUUAAUUACCGUUGUACAAACUUGACACAUGAUUGUCAUUUUUUGUAUUUAGAUUUCACAUAUUUUGUAUUCCUGAUGUCUAAUAUGGUAUAGAUUACCGUAUAUCAUUGCCUUGGCUUUUUUACACUGAUAACUCAUUCUCUUCUCACGCUGAAGCGUGUUAAUUGUGCGCCACUGAUGCUAAUGCAUUAUGUCAGAUCAUCAUCGUCGCUGAUUUAACAAAACAAUAGAACUUUCUGGAGUGUCAAUCAAACUUAUCAACUGGCUAAUCAGAACAGCACACGUGUUCGCGAAUGUUUUAACAAUCGUCUUGCGGGACCUUAGCAACAGUAUCCAAGGGGCGGGGCUUAGCGGAAAGGUCGAUUGUAUACAAUACGUAGUUAAUUUUACAGUAUACGUUUAUAACUACAUUAAAUUACAUGUGGGCUGCUGCUGCACUGUACACUAACAAAAAUAGGACAUUGAAGUUAAUCCCAUUGCUGUUUCAAAUCCUCUGUGCUAAUAAUGAUAGUAAUAUAUAUUCUAAUAAUAUAGCAUCUGCUAUGAUGAACUUUGCUGUGCAGGAUUAGACACAUCGCCGGAUUCAGACGAAAGAAAGACAUGCUUCAUUUUUCACAAUAAAAAGAAAUAAAAAAAACGUAUUGGGAACCUUCCCCAACUAACACUCGCUGUAAAGUUCUGGAUUAGCCAGUGAAUCUGUUUUAAAAAUUUGUACCAACACGUUCUUUUUUUUUCUUUCUUUUUUUUCCAAAAAAUACAUGUACAGUACAUGAACCAAUGACAUCCCUCGUUAAUGUAACGUUCUGAGUCUAUAUAUAAUAAUAAUUGUAUUGUCAUCUGCUCUGUAAAUCAUGGCUUAAUGAUAAACUUUUUAAUGCCUUGGUUAAAUGUAAAUGUAUUGUAUGAGUACAUAACUAUAGUACUGUACUAUAAGUACUGUAUUUAUGAACUAUUGUUUGUAUAAUAAAACUAUUUAAGAUAAAGCGUUUUUGAAGAUCUUAAUUUUUUUCUUACACAUAACUUGUUUGUUAAGAUUGUGCGCUUGUCUUUAAGAGGAUUCCGAGGAUACAAAGGGCCGUCUUGAUCAUUUCUUGAUUACUUUUAGAAUCCCAGAUAAGAAUAAUAAUAUAAAUGUACAUCGUAGACACAACAAAUACAAAACUAAUAAAUCUGCAAGUAAGGAGAUCAAGAAAUAAAUGUACAUUAAAAUUCUA